AUGCAUGAUCUUCGAGCAGGCAUUACCACCUCCACAAGUCAUGAAUUUCCGCUUCUGAAUCCACAGGAAACGUGGUGGAUUACCGAUAUAAUCAACUUCGGAUCUGCGCUAGCGAAAUUUCCUGGUGUUUCAUAUCUUUUAGAGACCUGCAAAGUCUCAAGUUACACUAUGCAUCGUUGUGCUGGUCUUGAGAAGAUCGAACUAUUCCGUGCUCCAACUCGUCACUUUCUUGACACGACAGAGACGAUUCCUGAUACCCUUAAUUACCUGUAUCUUCGACCGUCGAUUGAUAUCUUUAUGGUCAGCAUUGACAGCCUAGUCAGAUUGUAUCGAAUUGGCGGCUCGAUAGGAUCUCUAUGCAAUAUUCAGCAACUAGCUAUAACAGGAAUGGAUUACAAUCUUUUCGAUGACUGCGACGACGAAGAGAUAACGACUCUUUUCGAGAAGCUCUGCAAUAUCGUUGAAAUACACUGCCUAGCACUUGAGAAACUUCAUCUGGUCAUUGGCGACACUGAAACAGUUCCGUUUGGCGAUGUAAAGGAUAGUCUUGAGUUGACUCGAGAUUUAAGACUGAUCGAAAUAGACGAUGACUUUCAAGAUUUUGAUUUAGAGGAGGACAAAGAGAGGCAAGAAAAUUACGAACUAGAAAGCCUCAAGGAAGAGAUGAAUAAUACUUCCGAGUAUGUGCAACACGCAAUGAUGGAACUAAGGGGCUAUAUCGAGCAAACGGAAAUGCUAUCAGACAGUGAUGUAGCGGAUUACUGGAGGAAAAUGAAGGUAGUGCCGGCCGCAGUAGGCUGGUUGGAAGGUGAGAAGAGACCACAACCAUGGUUUCCUGCACUAUCAUCUGUGCUCCCAUGCUAUGAUAAUGGAGCCCCUUUCGAUACAUACCAGGGGAUAGUGGAGCUCUUUGAGGGAGCGGAUUCAUAG